GAAUGACUCACAAGUGAAGAAAAACGGGUAUUCAGAAAAUGGGUGCCCUGUAUGCGAGGCUAGUCGCUCAUCUCAUUUCAAUUGUUACAUGGCUGAAGCAACGUGAAAGUAUAAUGGCGUUACCCUCGGUUGCCGCCUUACCAACCAGUGCCAAGCCAACAACAUUACCAGGCCUUGAGAACGUGGCAAUUAAACAAGAGAGGCCAGAUGAGGCAGAAAUCAGAGAAUUGGCAGCAAAAAUGGUGGAAGCAAAUAAGGCGAAGAUGGCUUCCGGGGCAACCCGUCCAGUUGGACAGGGUGGCCAACAACACAUAGUACAACCAGGACAGCCCGGGAUAUUGAACUACCUUUCACGUGGAUCAAAUGGUCAAACUAAACCAAGUAGUGAAAAGGAUAAGAAAUCUGGGACAGGGGGGGAAUCAGACAGAACGUCACCUUCUGAUGAAGAUAGUGUGAGAGGCAGGUUUGGCUGGGUAACACUUGGUAAAUGUCAUAUUCCUUUUAUUUUCCGCUCUGGUGAAAAGUAUUGUGCAGUGCGGAUGGUGGAAAUGAAACUUCUUAAUAAGUACCUGAGUUAUCUACAUUCAGACAUUUAUAGCUGCACCUGUAUCCGUAGUUAUUACAUUACGGAACCAGAAGCAAGACUUUUGAAUGAGGUGAAUAUGAGGCACUGCGAAAGUCAAUUUGGGCGAGAGUUGUUUACAUCCAAAGACUUAGUUGUGCGCUUGCAGGAUGCAGGAGAGUUUUAUAACUUUCUGGAUGUCUGUUACAACAAACUUCUCCUUAGCUCAAGUAAUCCCAAGGACAAAUGUGGUUUUAUCCGCAUCAAUGGUGAAUCUGUGGUUCCAUAUACUGUGCGAGAUGGAUUCAAGUAUGUUCCACUUUUCUAUUUUGAAGGUGAAACAGAUAACUUGAAACUUAAAGCAGAGAGGUUAGAAGGGUGGGACUUAGCAUAUCUAAAAUUUUGUUGUAAAGUGCAAGGAAUUCGCAAUGAACUGUUUGCCAGUGAGACAUGUUCAGUUAUAAGUCUGAGUGAUAUUAAAAGUUACUUUCCGCCGGGGACUGUGUUUGAAGAUUAUUGGCCAAGCAAAGUAGUAGAUUCACAGCUUUUGCUUGCAAGCAAUAAAGGUAGUACAGCUGUUACAAGUGCAGGAAUGUGGACUAAGCAGCCUGGUUUACCACCAACGCAGCAGCAACAUUCCGUCGUCACAAAUGCCACUCUUCACCAUCCAGUGACAGCUGGGAAUAAAAUAGUGACUACCCUUUCCCAACCUGCCACACAGCAAAGGACAGCUACCCUUUCCUCUGCCACCGUUUCGUCUCCAGUCAAUUUGAGUGCAGCAACUGUUCAGGCAGUGUGUAAUGGUUGGGCAGGUCUUGUUGGUGGGCAGCCAGCGUUUCAGCCAGGAAUGGUUCCACAGCCUGCACAAGUUAUCCGAAUGUCACAGCCACCCAUCUCAAUGCAUAGUCUAAGCCCCACGAGUAACAGUGUUCCAAGAACUUACAACCCGGUUCGGCCAAGACCUGCUCCCCAGUAUUAUCCACAGGUGUCCUUGCCUAUGCCCUUAGCACCAUCACAACAUAGCCACAUGGCAGUAGCACAACCCCCUCCACUAGUCAGGGUUACAGGGGCACCUCCUACAGUAGGUUAUCCUACAUAUGGAAAGGAUGAGUGGUCAUCAUGUACAUACACCUCUUCAACUGGACUGAGCAAUAUGCCAAAUGUGUCUCAGAGUUCCUUGCAUCUGAUGGGUCUCACUGAUCCUUCCCACCACCAGAUGCUUCCCCCUCCUCAUACAAGCUCCCUCCUCCACUCGCAACAUUCUCCACAUUACACACCGGCUGUGGUUGGUUCACCUCAAGCACUGCAAAGACACACACCUCCGAACAGUAGCAGUAGCAGCAACACCAACAGUAGCAACAAUAAUUCCAGCAAGUUCCCUCCUCCUCUCAUCCCAGUCAACGGAACAUCCCGGUACUCAUCUGGCAGUGGGGCCUACAGUUCGGGUGCUGAUGUCAUAGACCUCUCCUCUCCACCUCAGUCACCUCACAGGCCUAGUAUGGGUAACGGAAGGACUGGUAGUAGUACUACUCCAGCUAACAACAGUGACCAUGCGUCUCCGUGCGGUCGGAAACUCAUACAGAUUGGGGAGACAGCCACUUCAGGGUCUCACAUACCAUAUCAGGUCCAGAAGGCACUAGUAGAAGGCAAAAUGGUUCCCUGUAUCAACUCAAAACCUUUCAUCUACUCCGAGUUGCUGAUAACAUUACCAGACCUGGUGACCCAUUUCUUCCCAUCUGUGCCUCUGAGCAGCUGCAGGCAAGUGCUGCAGGAUGUAUUAGGCCUUGACCUUUACCGAGGAAACAGGCAGCAAAUGAACAUCCUGCGGGAUUCAGGCAAAUGUCAAAGUGUCAACGACAUACUUCCACUGGUGCAAGUACGAGAUGUGAUGCAAUACAUGCCACAGAUGAACUACAUGUUCAGUCGGAUGAAUGCUGGUGGUGAGGAGAACCCUUCCAAGCGUCAACGGACCAGCUAGGACAUGUUCUGGCCCGGGUCCAUGCCAGCAGCCACAGCCUGGCAUGGACAUACUGGGUAUGGGUGGUCACAGCAUUAUGGUUUGUAAAGGGAUCGUGAGAACAUGAAGCAAAUUUUAAUGCAUAUACAAUUAGCUGUAGGAUGGUUGAAUAAUUUAUUAAAGAGUAAUUCCUCUGGAAGUUAUUCAUGUUGGAAAUUAAUUUGGUGACUGAUUUAGUAUUGUAUCAUUAUUGCUAGAGAACAUUUCUGAACGAUUCUACAUUGAUAAUUUACAUGAGGAAUGGCAUUUACUAUGACAUCCUCUUUGCCUAUUUUAAAAUUGAAAAGUUACCAGUAUUCCAAGUGUCACACCACAGGUUUUAUUGUCAGAAAGAUUAAGGAACUGUAUAAUGUUACAGGAAGGGAGUUAUGUUUAAUCAUUCAUAGAAAGUUUGUAAGUACUUGAAGUGUUUUGAGGUCAGCUGAGUGCUCCUUUACUUUGGCUUAUACAAGAAAUUAAAAUUGAAUUUCGUAGUUCUGUGAGGGCCCUAAAGCACAAAAGCAUCUCCAGAGAAAAGUUAUUUUUGUGAAAUUCAAAUUUCAGCUGAGAUUUCUAUUACAUUAAGCUGUAAUACUGUAUUAUGUGAAUAAUGGCACUGUAACAUCCCUUAAAAUUAUGCACAUAACAUGUGUUAGACUUUUUCUAAAGAUGCUCAGCAUCGAAGUUGAACAUUUUCUUUGUAUAAAUACAAACAUAUGUGCAGGUUUUAAUUUUCAGAAUAACCUUCCUUUUAUGCUGGAAUACUCAUCAUGAAUAAUAUUCAGACUGUAACAGCUAUUAGCCUACUUUCUUCUCAACAUACUUAUCACAAUCAGAAUUCUCCUCUCCCCUAGUCUCGGGUUUCACAGCAAGUUCAGUCUUUUCAGUCUGUGGCAAGAACACGAGGAGUUUCAUGAGGUCCAUGUGUUUUGAAUAUUAGGACAGUUUCUGUAUUGUACUUGGUAACACAAAAUUUUAGGGCUUUGUGAACAUAGGAUGAUAUAGUGACAUAAAGAAUGGACCCCAUAAGAUCUAGAAGUUUGUGACGAUGGUAAAUUGCUACAAGUAAUAUGUUUUUGGACAUUAUCCAUCGUCUUGUCUAUUUUUUUUUAAACCGUCCUGUUUCUUUUUAAAACACAACGUUUCGGAGAAUGGAUUCUGUUCCUGUCCCUGUCCAAUGGAUAAUGUCCAAAAACAUAUUACUUGUAGCAAUGGACCCUAUGUUUGCUUCCGAAGUCUAGACCACAUCUGACUAUUCUGUGGUAGAAUAGGUCUUUUAAAAGCAUCAGUCUAUUAAGAAAUUCAGAUGAAAAUUGGAUCAUUGUCAGAUUUUGUAGUCAAUGGCAUCUGUAACACUUAUUUAAGGUGUUAGAACCCCAAAUUUUUAAUAAUGUAUUUUUUGUCCUUGUCUUUAUUGGUCACUUCCAAGUUAACACCCAGGGUGGAAGUUUGACAUUAUUAAAAUCUGCAUGAUAUUUUAAACAUAUUCAUGCUAGAACCACAAGUUCGUGUUAUCUCAAUAAAAUUGGAAGAAAGAUUGAAUGACAGUUUUCUUAUUUUCACCAAGGCAUGAGUUGAAAUAUACAGUUUUCUUUCUGUUGCCACAGAUUUAUCUGAAGACCAUAAGUGAGUCUGAUAUUGCUUCAUCUCCUCAAGAAGAAAAAGAAACCUACAUUGUGCUUACAUGUAGGUUAUGUUAUCAGAACAUACAUGAAUCCCCAAACUCAAAGGCCACAGUUUCCUCAAGUUGAAUGCAAGCAUGGAAGCUGGCAAUUUGAGGCCAGCUUCAUUCCCAUGAUACAAUAUCCAUCUUGAACACACUUGUAGACAAAGAAUUCUGACAAUCAAAUAAUCUUCAGUAAAAUAUUUUUAAGGUUGUUUUAAUUUUCAGUCUGACAUAAUAAUCAUGCAUUACAGCUCUAAACUGUUUUCCUAGUUGUUUUAAAGAGCGAAUUCAUUGUUCUCUGUUGGCUAUCAUGAACUUUACAGAACUGGAGAUGUCUGCCUGUGAUCAUAUGAUACUGAAACUGGAAGUAGUUAUGUGCAAGACAUUCCUGUAACAGAAACAGUUGAAAGUCUUUCAUUAUAUAAUGAUGAAAUGUUAGGAGCAUUCAAAGGCCAGUUUUGCUGGUCUUGUGCUUUAUUUACUUUUUGACAGAACUGAAUACCACAAUUCUGUUUCAUAAUCUCUACAAAAGUAUUAAUGCCAGGCUGAAAAAUCUAGGCUGUAGUCAUGUGAUUGUUUUGUUGAAUAUUAGUAGUGCUGGAACCCAAUA